AUGGAGAAGAGGAAGAAGAAGAUGGUGUGGUUUUGGCCGGAGAAGCACGACGGUGGAAGCGUCGGAGGAGUAAUCAAGGAAGCGGAGGAUGUAGCUGCGGAGCAUAUAUCGAUCGAAGGUACAAUGAGUCAUUACAGCUUUAGUAAAGGUCUUCUUCCUCCGCUCGGAGUUAAUUCUCGUGCUACUCGUAACGUUAAGCUCCGUUGCUUCGUCGUCUCUCCUUUCGAUCCUCGUUACAGAGCGUGGGAUUGGUUUCUAGUGUUGUUGGUGCUCUACACUGCCUGGGCAUCGCCUUUUGAGUUUGGUUUCCUACAAACACCAAGAGCACCUCUCAAUAUUCUUGAUAACGUCGUGAACGGGUUUUUCGCUGUCGAUAUCGUUCUUACAUUCUUUGUUGCCUUCUUGGACAAGGCAACUUAUCUCCUAGUUGAUGAUCCCAAGAGAAUUGCUUGGAGAUAUACCUCCACUUGGCUGAUUUUUGAUGUGAUAUCUACAAUUCCUUAUGAACUCUUCGCCAGCUUAUUGCAUAAGACUAUUCAAGGAUAUGGGAUUUUCAGUAUGUUGCGUCUAUGGCGUCUACGCAGGGUCAGUAACUGUUUUUCCAGAUUGGAGAAAGAUCGGAGAUACAAUUACUUCGGGGUUCGCUGCACGAAGCUUCUUCUCGUUACUCUCUUUGUGAUUCAUUGUGGUGCCUGCUUCUUGUAUUCUAUAGCUGCACAUUACCCAGACCCUUCCGAAACAUUUAUGGCACUUGCGGAGGAAAACUGGAAACAGAAAUCUUUGCUUGUCCAGUAUGUUACAGCAAUGUAUUGGUCCAUAACCACCUUCUCAACAACAGGUUAUGGUGAUAUACAUGGUAAUAACGCAAAAGAGAGGGCCUUCAUCCUCUUCUACAUGGUCUUUAAUCUUGGAUUGUUAGCGUAUAUUAUUGGUAAUAUUACCAACUUGGUGGUUCAUGUGACCAGUCGUACCAUAAACUUUAGAGAUACCAUUCAAGCAGCCUCAGCGUUUGCUCAGCGGAACAAUCUUCCAGAGCGCUUGCAAGAACAGAUGGUAGCUCAUUUGUCUUUGAGGUACAGAACUGAUUCAGAAGGCCUACGGCAGCAAGAAAUUAUCGAUUCCCUCCCCAAAGCUAUUCGUUCCAGCAUAUCGCAUUUUCUGUUCUACGAAGUUGUUGACAAGAUUUACUUGUUCCAUGGAAUAUCCAAUGAUCUUCUGUUUCAAUUGGUCUCUGAGAUGAAGGCUGAGUAUUUUCCUCCCAGAGAAGAUGUGAUUUUGCGGAAUGAAGCGCCAACAGACUUUUACAUAAUGGUGACAGGAGCUGUUGACAUCAUUGCACCUGUGAAUGGAGUGGAUCAGGUAGUUGGUGAAGCAGGGACAGGUCAUGUUUUUGGUGAAGUUGGGGUGCUAUGUUACAGGCCACAAUUGUUCACAGUUCGUACCAAGCGAUUGAGUCAAUUGCUUCGUCUGAACCGUACAUCAUUCCUAAAUCUUGUUCAGGCAAAUGUUGGUGAUGGGGCAAUAAUUAUGGAUAAUCUUCUUCAGCAUUUGAAAGACUCAGAAGAUCCAGUGAUGAAAGGCAUCUUGGCUGAUACAGAACAGAUGUUGGCUCAAGGGAAAAUGGAUUUACCUCUCAGCUUAUGUUUUGCAGCAGCAAGAGGAGACGAUUUACUGCUGCAUCAGUUACUGAAACGAGGCUCAAACCCUAAUGAAACUGAUAAGAACGGUCGAACCGCACUGCAUAUAGCAGCAUCAAAAGGAAGCCAAUAUUGUAUUGUACUACUUCUCGAGAAUGGAGCAGAUCCUAACAUUAGAGAUUCCGAAGGCAAUGUACCAUUAUGGGAGGCCAUCAUUGGGAGGCAUGAAGAAAUUUCUAAACUCUUAUCAGAAAACGGCGCAACGCUAAACUUCGACAUAGUAGGCCAUCUCUCUUGCCUAGCCGUUGAACAAAACAGCUUAGAUGCACUCAAAGACAUUGUAAAAUACGGCGGAGAUAUCUCACUCCCUGAUAGCAACGGAACCACAGCUUUGCACAGAGCAGUCUCAGAAGGAAACAUGGAGAUUGUGAAGUUCUUGUUAGAGCAGGGAGCUGAUAUGGACAUGCCAGAUGUUUACGGUUGGACGGCUCGUGCUCUUGCUGAGCAUCAAGGACAUGAAGACAUUAAAGCUUUGUUUCAUGAACAGAGACCAGUUGAGAAGAAACCGAAGUCUGCUUCUGGUACACCAGAGAUUAAAACAUUGAUGAAGCAUAGUAGCGAGCCUGUAAUGGCUCACAACCGUUCAAGAGAAGCAAUGCCUUUCGUUCGAGGCGUCUCUCAGAGACGUAAGCUCAGUAACUUCAAGAACUCGCUGUUUGGUAUCAUGUCGGCCGCAAACACAGGUGAGGAAGGAGGAGCAUCAUCUACAAGAAGUGAAGUAGGUGUGGUUUAUCCCGUGAGAGUGACGAUCAGUGGUGAGGCUUCCUCCGCCGGCAAAGUGGUAAAGCUACCGAAUUCUCUUGAAGAGUUAAUUGAGAUUGGUGAGAAGAAGCUUGGAUUUGUUGCCACAAAGAUUCUGACCAGAGAAGGAGCCGAAAUCGACGACAUUAGGCUUAUAAGAGACGGCGAUUUUCUCCUUCUUCUAAAGCUUUCUUGA